AUGAAAGACGACGGUGUUCCUGCAUCAGCUGAGGAGGUCAGAGACUUUAUUCGAAAUUGUCUUCAACAGGCUGCUCUCGUAAACUACUCGCGAGUGUCUGAAUAUGCAUCCAUUGAAAGUGGUCAAGAUACUGCAGGCGACCCACCCAAUUCAGUGAAGUCAAUCUCCGACCUCAUCCAUCUAGCCGAAUUGUGCAUUGAAGUCCUGCGACAAAACGAAGAACAUCACGCCGAGUCGUUCGCCUGGUUCAGCGACCUGCUUACAGAGCAUGCUGAACUGUUCUGGUCUCUCUUCGCGGCCGACAUGGUGAUAGUGAUGGAGAAGAUUCCACCAGAUUGCUGGGACGCUUUCCCUCUCUUCCAAGUGCUCAACGACUACCUCAUAACGGAGGGUGAGUUCUCUCUUCGGUCCUGA